AUGGUCGUCGAUGUCGGCAGCGUACUUAGCUAUGCCACGACUUCAGGUGUUGAAGCCCUGAAGAUUCUCAAUAAAUGGCUUGAUAAUAAUGAAGUUGCACAAGCCUGGUAUGGCAAAGACAAAGACUUCUUUAUCAAGAAGCGAAAUAGAAUUUCAAAGCUAUUUCGUGGAAAGUUCAAGAAGCCAGAGAUACAAUAUGUCUUCACUAUUCAAAAGGAAGAUUGGCAACUUGUUAUAAAAGAGUCUCUUCCAGUCGCCCAUACUUGGUACCGCAAAAGGAAAGAUAAAUCGGGUGAAUGUUCUUGGCUUCCAUUGUUCUGGGCAUGCCGUUCUCCACUAGGGGAAGACAGAGUGUGCUCAAAAGCUGAUGAGGCAUUUACUUCUCUUGGUAUUGUCUCCAACUUGCCAGCAGCACGCCUUGACCUUUGGGGCUUAGUCGUCAUGGCCUAUUCUAAUGGUGGCUGGAGCCGGGUUGCUCUAUCAGGAGAUGGAGGAUUCAAUGCAACCUUACUUUGCCGAAACUUCAUCCUAAACAUCAGUCAGUCAAACGUUAAUGCUCCCACUAUUGGGCACUUAGAGCCCCGAGAGCAUCCUGCUGAAGACCAUGAGCCUCUGGGAAUAGAUGACUCACGGGCUCUUCUAGAGCAUGGACAUUCUUUCAGCACUAAUAAUGUCUCCAUUGGCUGGCCUUUGAACGGAGAGACUGAUCCACCGCCGCUGGAAUUGGCUGACGGUCAGUGGGAUAAAAUAUUGAAAAAAAUGGUCCUUGACUACUUCCAAGUACGCAAAUUGAAGGCAAAGUUUCAUAGUGGAAUAACCAAGUACUGGGAAGAAUGGGCAAGCUUCAUGGCCAAGGUUCGCCGCGGGUUUGAUGGGAAAGUGAUCGGCAGCAUUCCCACAAAACUGGAUCAAGUCAGGGAGUACCCUGUGAGAGACACAGAACAGCGUGUCCAUGAGAAAUCUCCAGGUGUGCGCUUGGAUGACAGAGUUAUUCAAGAAGUGGAGAGCCGCCAAGAACUUCGAGCAGAAAUUGCGAGCCUUGCAAGUGACUAUGAUGAGAGUCAAAGAUUAAGUGACACAGAACUUCCAGAAAAGAUGAAAGAUAUUCUUGAGAAAGUUCGCAAAUUAAUCAACAAGCAGCUUUGGCGUCUAAAGUUGCUUUUAUAUAACGAUAUCAUGCUCGUCGAUAAUCUUGAUCAUAAUGAUGUCCUUUACUUCUUCAGAGAGGAUGGACAACUGAUAAAAAUGCUCACGCACUGCCAUCUUGCAGAGGAGCAUAUAGACCACAGUCGAGCUGGAAUUGCUACUAAGCAGGAAUUAAAAAGACUAUUAAGUUCUCAUUAUGUUGUUAUGGCAAGGGCACGCAUGCUUAACUUCUGUGAGCAGAUUGACCUGAAUCUUAGUGUGAGGAAUACAGGACAUAAUGUUCUACUUGCUUGA